AUGAUAAGUCUUCGGAGUAAGUCACCUCAAACAGUGCAGAAAGACCCCGCCACUAUUCCAUGGGAAUCAAUUCCAUCCGAUCGUGUUGAUAAAUCCUUUUGGGUGGCGUUAAUGGAAUAUAUGGAGCCACUGCAGCAAUCAGAGUUCCCACUGGCAAGUAAAGAAUUCUUUAGUCUUCGCAAUAGUGCCCGUGAUGAAAGGGAAACAUCCCAGUCUUUAACAAAGUCUGUUGUAAACGCAGCGAAUGAACUUCGUUGUUACUAUGAUGAGGUCUCACUAUGGAAUCCUCUCGCAUUGGCGGUACGUCUUGGAUUUAGAGUAAGUGUUGUAAUUCAACAAUUAUUACUUGCAAAGGAGUAUAACUUGAUUAACAUGUUAUUUGUUGUUUGUUGUCAUUCGUGUGGGUGUGAUAUGUUGCGUGUGAACUCCGUAAGUGAGAUUUGCUUUCGCGCUACUUAUCAUCGAACGAAUAUUAUUCGAUGCCCCAUGUGUACAGAGUGUACAGAGGUAACGGAAUUACCACAAGUGGGUGUAUUCUUUCAACCACGUUAUCCAUCUCCGUUAUUACGACGUAUUUAUCAUCGAUUGUGUUGGAGUGAAGAGGCGAUAAAGCGACGACUUGAGAGUUAUUUUUGUCCACCAGAAGCUUCCUUUUCAUUUCAGGUACAACUUCCACAAGGUUCAUAUCUUCUUAUUGUUUCUGGUCUGGGAUUGGUUCUUCAUCUUCAUGUUGGUAUGGGCGCAGAGUAUUUGGAACGUGGGAAACCUUAUCAAGUAGUGUCCGUAAUACUAGAGAAGUAUUUGAAAAAUAAUAAGAGUAAUGAUGGUAAGAGAAAAAGUGAGGCUAGUAAUGAUAAUAAUAAUAAUGAUGAUGAUGAUGAUGGUGGGAAAACUGAGAAAUGUGAUGAUUCAAAUAUUUAUGUUGAGCAUGGUAAACUAAAACUUCAGAUAUUUAAUGGUACCUCAUAUGGUAGUUAUUUGGAUCUUUGCAUUGAUUUUGAUCAUCGAUUAGAAUUCAUGACUGUAAAGCCACUUUUAUUGGCGACUGUUCCUCUUUUAUUACAACACCUUCCACGUGGUCUGCGAUCAUCAUUGUUUAAUUAUUUUAUUCCACGACCACCAGGAACUAUCACGACUGGAGUAUAUGUUGUUCAUUCCUUUAAUCUUUCCGCAGAGGAAUUUGAGGAACCUGAUAUGGCAGGUAUAGACUCUGUAUUAGCUGUAAUAAGAGAAGUUCAUCGAUAUUCAUUGGAAGAUCAUCAUGGAAUGCUUUUAUCCGUAGGAAAUGGUGGAAGUAUGUUUGAAUCUUUAUUUUAUUCCUUUACAGCCGCAUUAGCAUCAUCUUUAUGUUUAGCUCAGCGAGUGACAACACGUCUUGGUGAAGAUGUAGCGGCUACACUUUCCUGUGCAAUUGUAAAAGGUGGAAUGAAGAUGUCAUCUUUUCAAGGACAAUACGAUGAUGAUGAGAAUCUCCGUUCAUCUUAUCCUGAUAUUCAAAUUACUGGACCAGUGAUAUACGCAUCUGCACAUCCACCUAUUGUUAUAUUAAAUAAUACGAACAAUAAUAAAGGAAUUUAUGAAAAAGAACAAGUUAGAGGAGCCUAUGAAGAAGAAGGAGUUCAACGUGAAAACUCGUAUUAUGUUCGGUUUGAACUUCGCUCAACAUCAGAAAAUUGUAUGGGUACAUGUAUUGACCCUCAUUCUGCAGAUGAUAUGCUUUCAUAUUUUCUCUCAUUUCUUGAGGAACAUCUUUCUGGGCUAAAAAUCGUACAUGAGCCUCAGGCACUUGUCGUUGUAGUGCCUUUGGCUACACUUAGUGCCAAAUUAAUGUUGUCUACACUGAUUGAUCCUGUUAUGUAUACAAGGGAGUUGACUGGUCCCUUUGGAUAA